AUGAACGCCAUACGGCAAAAAUGUCGCCCGAAACACCAAGUACUAAUUCUCAAGUGCUACCCAAGGACAACAAAGGGCGCGGUUGAUGUGAAGCCCAAUUCCAGCGAGCUCAGCUACCUCCUUUACUAUGCGACGACUCGACGAAGCAAGGUGCAGAAGGUUGGGGCCUUUCUGGAGAAGAAGACAGCGAGCGAUGUGUGGAGGGCACGGAUAGGCAAUGUCCAGGUUACGCUCCAAAUCCUCGCGGGCUUGAUUGAAAAGGCGCCCCGAGAUCUCCCCCUUUACGCUCCUUACGUACUCAAAAUACUCAACAUAAUCCUGAGUUCUCGCGAUAUCACUAUGGUCGAAUCUUCUAUACCAACGUUUGAAGCCUUCUGUGAGCAUUACGACGGAGCGUCUCUGUCGACCGACCAAGAAUACCUCCAGCAGUAUGAGGAAAUUGUCAAGAUAUAUGCGUCUUUCGCAUCCACUCGCCCCCCACAGACCAAGUCCCCUAUGACUGCGCCGCUUGCCAUACGAUGGAGAAACGUAGGUUUGCAAGCGAUCAAAAGCGUCGCGUCGUCGGAAGCGUUAGCGUCAAUCGCAGGAAGACAGAUAGAUGUGAUAGUACCGAUGCUUUUGGAAAAUCUAUGGACAGGAGACGAGGAUUUUGUUGAGAUGCUGGAGCAGCGAGCUGAGCAGGAGGUCAAGACGGAUACGGAAAAGGCGAUGCUGCGGCGCCGAACCAGCGCUGCGACGGUACGGACCGUCGACACAGUGGGCAAUCCCGGUGGAACCGUGUCCGCGACCACGGCGGAAGCGGACAAGUUGGCGGAAGAAAAUAUUGGUGUCCUCGCUAUGCAAUGCUUACAGAAGAUUUUUGUUGUGCCUAACAGAUCCCAGAUCCAUGGAGCCACAACUGCGACACUUGGGUUCAUUACAGAAAGAGUGGCGCAAAAUGGACAGGUACUUGACGAGAAACCUCAACGCGACAGUCACGGAGGCUGGGCGCCAAAGAUCUUCGAGAAGAUUGCUCGGUGGACGCCUGUACAAGAUCGCUACGUAAUUUUGGUUACAGCGAUGGAGGUGCUGGUCCGAAGCCCUGUUCUCGAAGAGCAUCUGCCAACGCAACUACUUCUCGCGACAAUGAUCGACUCGCUAUUGAAGUCGGACAUCAAUUUGAUUGGUUUAAGCGUCAUGGAUGUCUUACUAUCGCUUAUACAUCAUAUUGUGAAGCUACUUCAGUUGUCGGGAGGAUCACCUAGCCGGCACGCGUCUCUACCGGUGCAGGGCGAGAUCCAGCAGGGUAACGGCGGGUUGGAAUCUAGUGGUAUAUCAACGCCGAGCCCGUUACGCAAAGAGCUUCUGUCUCGACUCCAGGCCUGCGUUGGAGAUCUUGCGACCCACGUUUAUUAUGCGGACCAGAUUUCCGACAUGGUCUCCGCUGUUUUAAUGAGAUUGAAGCCAUCUCCUUCUACAGCGGCAACCACCAUCGCAUCCAUUGAAAAUCCCAACCCAGGAAACUUGGGCGCCGUGGGUGACUUGCUCGAUAGCACAAAGACAGAUGGAUUCUUUCUUUUUGGCACAGCCAAAGUCAAGGCACUCGAAGCUAUCAAGGCCAUUCUGUUUGUCGCAAGUCAUCGAAAGACUGUUAUUGGUGGAGCGAGCUUGGGCCGUAACUCUGUCCCUUUAAAGGUGUGGGAGGGAACGCAGUGGUUACUAAGGGAUAGCGAUGGCAGAGUUCGAAAAGCCUAUGUCGACGCACUUUCCACUUGGCUUGACACGGAGACUACAAAAUCAGAUCUAAAAGUUAAAGUAGAGAAGCACAGGUUAUCAUCCAAGCCUGGUCACAAUAGCUCGUCGGUGAAUCUCACCAAGCGUGCUGUAUCCAACGCGUCUCAGAAAGAGAAGCAGCCUAAAGUCGCAUCGACUACCUUUUUGGAGCUUUUACACUUGGCGGUCUAUGACAAUGCGUUGCAAUUUUCGGAGAGCGAGUCGGACUAUGUGUUAUUACAUCUUUUGCUGGCCAAUCUCAUUCGAAAUCUUGGUGUGAACGCCGUUGCAAGUGGCCUUCCCAUGAUAUAUCGAUUACAAGAGGAUAUUCUGGAAGCUGAGACACCUAUCGCCAAAAUACGCAUGGGUAGCUUGUGUCAUGGUUACUUUUGGAUUCUGAGCGAGCGAUUCGACUUCGACACCUCCCCUGUGGGCCGCGUUCUACACAACGAAAUCAACCGACGUCGAAGCAAGUCAUUUUGGGUCGAGCGUAUCCGGAUGCCACCCAUUGGUCUUCACAAAAUCACAACGCCAGGGACAGCAUCUCCUGAACGACCCCUCCCCACACACAAUAUUGAAUCGGAAUCACUUACUCCCUUUGAUGACCGCUUUCAGAUGGUGAAGCUUAUCUCACUGUCUUAUGCCGAUUCGCUUGCGUCCGCGCCUACUAGCCCACCCACAUCUCCAGGGCGUAGCUUUUCGCAUCCGAUUUUGAGUACCGGUCCUGCAGUCACUGAGAACGUAGAGCUUCCCGAGAAGGUCAAGGAUCAGAUGAUGGCAGAAUGGAGUAGGGAAGCAGUCAUUGCACUCGUCCAAGAAGGAAGCAAGUCCGUUUCAAUAACUGGAUCUCGCUCUGGUACUCAAGCCACUGGUCAUCGGAAUUUCCUUGCCGUGAACGGUAUGUCUAACAGUGGAGGCACCAACAGCCGGAAUCAGUCGCCGCCUGGGGGAGUGACUUCCCAUCAUUCUCACAGGGGCAAAGCGGAUUCUUCAUAUGGACUUGUGGGCGAGCUUGGCGCACUUGCAAAGUUGAGAAAGGGAAGCGGCAAUUCCGACACACCGGCAAGCGAAUCCAGUUUCAACUCCGUCACGCGUGUUGACCAGCUCAAAAGAGUGCUGUCUGGUCAAGUCGAAGCACCUCCCGUCACCCGAAAAGGCAUGGCACACAGCGACGCGAGUAGCGAAAGCAUGGUCAGCUACGACUUCACCGCCUCCGAAUUAUCCUACAACCCAAGCCCCAACCACCAAAACAUCUCGUACAUGGAACGCUCCGCUUCCCUACGCGGGCCAAACGGGCGACCUAGAUCCAAAUCCCGCGACCACGUCGCCGCUCAAGGCGAACAUCAGCGCCCUCUCACAUCUAACCCCUCAACCGGCCGAUCCGAGCCCUUCAUCCAUCUCGACGGCGAAAAUUUCGACACUGUCCCUCCCGUCCCGCCUCUACCUUCUUCUCUCACCGGCAAAACUACCGCGGUCCAGGACCAUGCCUUCCACGACCCGCCGAAGAGUCUGCAUACGAAAGACCGUGAAGCGAGUUUUGGAAGCGCGAUCUGGGGCGAUGAGGCUACGGCGGUGGAUCUGGAGAGGGUGCUUAAGGGUAUUGAUACGGAGGGUAUGGCGAAGGGGGAUGUGGUUGGGAGUCCACCUUAUUGA